CCACGUUGCACCGUUGAAAAUCAAAGCGGCUUUUCGCUUUGCCUUGAACCGAUACCAGGGUCAAGUACGUUCGAGCCAAAUGCUAGCGACCUUUCAUCUUCGAUGAAAGACUUACUCUCGAACGGUACCACGAUGAUUCAUCUCAUAACACGGCGAGAUCGCGAAAUCAGAAAGGAGAAGUUCUUGUUUCUGAUCCUCGAAUGAAUUUCAAUUUGCGUCGUGAUGUACAUCGAAUCGACGUGAUGUAACGUUUAUUAACCUACCCGUCCAAAGCAAUAAUGGCUUUUUAUAACAGAUAGAAGAUAGUUCGUCUGAAUUACCUUUUCCUCUUUUUCUCCUCUUUAAGAAAUAUACUGCAUCGUAACGUUUCAUUUUUGUAAAAUAUUAUGUCGUAUCUGCGCACUGUUUUCUAACGUGGUUAUCUAGUUAAAUCAUUCUCGUCGUUCUUCUUUAAUCGAGAUUCUUUAGCGAAGUUUAUCUCAUUUUAAUCAUCCAAAAAAAAAAAAAAAAAGAAGAAAGAAAAUUAGCAUCUUGGGUCACUGUUGACGAUAGUCAACGCGUUAAAUUGUAAUACAAAUGGCAGUAAACGUUUAUGUAGGUUUCAAGCAUGUUUGGACGGUAUAAUACAAACCUCGAUCACGACGUCUGUAAUAGACAGUCCCACUUCGCAAAAAUUUCUAUCGCCAUAAAGUUACGUUGUCUCGAGGUAAUCGCGGUGCAUCCACAAUGAGCAUGCCGGAAAUUCUUUAUUCGUCCAGCGUGCAACUCGCUCUUACCACGUUACAAUUAUCGGACCUUUUCACCGACCUUCAAACUGGUCGUUGGUCUCGUAUCCAACUGAUUAGCCUUACGAAUCUCCUACCUUUAUUCUUAUUUAUAGACUUUACCUACUUACCCAAGAUUUACCCAUUCAGCCGGAAGAUUUAUCCUGGCAAAAUCACGAGCCAUCAAGUUGGUAUCGUGACAUUUUUCAAGUAUCAUAAACGAUGACAAACGUUCGCUGAUAAAAUCAACCGAGAUGGCCAGUCCGAAGCGUGUUUUGAUGGUCGAGAUGGGGCCUUUCUCCGGUUAGUGGGUCGAAGAAAGUAGCGGUCAGGAGUGGUUUACCUUGGUUAAUACUUGUUCGUCGGUAUGAAGACUGCACAAUGGAAUUCAGGCUGUCAAACGUUGAGGAGGGCUGGAUAAUUAUUGUCGGGGAUGCACACGUUCGACUCUGGUGUAUUUUAAGAUAAUGGGGUCCAUGGUCCUCUGGGCUUCUAAAAGGUGCGACGAGAUGAACGACGCCGAGGAUAUGUGGGUCAUCAAGGGAAACGAGUUUUUACGUAACGUCAAGGGAUGCUGGUGUUCGUUUCGAAAACAUAAUGCAAUCGGGAGCAGCCUGCAGUUUGUAAACAGGAAAUUAAGUAUCGAGCGGACGUUUAAUAAAUCGUCAGACGUAUCGCUACCGUUCAUCUUCUUGCAUCCUUUGGUCCGCAAAAAUAACGAUAUCGAAAUAUAUUAUAUAGAGUAGCUGUAUAUACGUAAUAUAUAUGUGGCGCGAUUCACCAAGUGUCCAAGCGGAACGACGAUUCUGUUUGCCCGCGGCCAACCAUGCGUACGCUUUUCCUUCUCCUUUCGUUUCAAAUCUAUUUAUUUCCGUAUUUGCGCGAUCGAUCAGGGAAAGCCAGGAAUAUUACGAGUCAAAGGCAUGGCCGAUGAAAAUAUAAUUACCGGAAAAAGAAGAAUACUCGGAGAAGUAUGGUGAUCGUGGUCUCGUUAAUCUCGUAUUACUGUCAUUACGCUCGUUACGAUCCAGGUUAGAGAAGCAAGGAAAGAAAACGGACGUUAUUAUUAGACUGUGGAUCUUUAUGCAUUCGUGGAGAAUUGACGUGUAUAGAAAUAUAUUCUUAUAAUAUCUAGAUACCAAAGUCCUUAUUUAGAUUUUGGUUUUUCAAUUGCAUUGGUAAAAAUCUGAUUUUUGCCACUUUGAUCGGGAAUUUUCACUUUUAUCCAUUGCUAAAUCCGAAGAAACAAUUCGCAUCGCAGCGAAUGAAGGAAAUCGUCGGACUGUUGGGGCGAUGAAAAUUCUGAUAGAAAGAAACGCAGGGAAAAAGAGAUUGCUUUUACCGAUGUGCUCUGAACGACAUCCUAACUAUACGAAAAGAAGAUCACCGUGGUUUUUGUCGAUGCCCCCCAAUGAGCAAACCGAGCAUCGCUAGAGAGGACAGUCGCGUAAGUUCUCCUGGUACCAGGUUGCCGAAGGAGGUCACCCGGUCACCCAGAUGAGGUUCUUUGCCCGUUGUUACCUCCGCACCUCGGCCAAUGGCGUGGCACCUCAUCGUCGCUGUGGCGAAUCCUGUCGCCAGUUUUCGUGCCGACCGCCAGCCGAUCACCGAUCCGAGACCCGCGCCCGGCUUUGUGCCCAGAUUUAAGCUGCUUCCUUGCUGGGCAGGAUCUCCAGGCCUGUUCGACGCGCGAGUCCUUUUGACAGCUGCUAGUUGGUUGUUGGAGUUUCUGUCCACGAGUUUCCAGCGAUAGUUCAUCGCGAAAAUCGACUCAUCGCCCCUGUACGAAUAUCUGGGAAACAACUGUUGUUGGUGAUGGCCGUCAGGUUCACGAUUCUGGUGCUGUUGACCACCGCCGUCGUCGUGGUGUCUUCCGCUGGACUGCUCGAGACGCUACUUUCCUGGGAUAUUCCAGACGCCGUGGGCAGAUCAACCGCGCCGCAGUCGCAAUGUCUUUGUCAAACUUCCAAUUGUUUGUGUUGCAUCGAUCUAAAUCUGACGACGGCGAUCGGUGGUGGUCUCGUGGUGGACGACUUGGAUGGUCGAGCGUGCAUCAACAUCAAGCAGAAGGAGCAGAAUAUCUCGUUGAACCUCAGCUACGGCGAUAAUCCCGUACACAAUGCUACCAUUAAGAUCGUGGACGCAUCCAACAGGCCAACCUGCAUGAACCUUCUGUCAGAUCUGGCGCAAAUAUGCGCGAAAUUUACGUCGAUUAAGCAGGCGGAAGCUGGUUACGACGGUUGCCUGGUAAUCGAGCCCGCACUGCUGGGCACACCGCAAGCCACUUACCACAUGGGAUGCUUCAAUUUCAAUCAGGUGGUGCGACAGAUCGAAGCCCCUGCCACUAUCGAGACGACGGAAACCACCGAGACUACAGAGGACGAGGAGGAUUCGUUGAACACGGAGGAAUUCAUAGCAGCGGUUUCAGCCAGCGCGGAACAAGGGAUAGCUCUUUUCUCUCAAUGGCUUGGACUUAAUCUGAAUCCAAAACUGAACCUGACCAACAGGAACAAUCAUCAAGAAGCAAGCAGCCAACGUGCCAUCCCAUCCACAACUUCCAGGUCUGCUCGAGUUCAUUGGGAUCAAGAAGAGAAGAACGACGAACGAUUCAAGCAACUGCUCAGUGCGCAAGACAACGUGUUGAAGGGUUCAGCUACGAUUGGCCAAUCGAACGGAGCUGAGACGACGUUCGUUUAUUCGAAACCCUCUGAAUUAUUUUCGUCGGAGAAAAGCUCGAACGAUAGAAGGAUCGAGCAAAUGGAGAUCGAGCCGCAGCACCUGGCCGUGGUGCCGAAGGAGUCGAGAAGAGGCGGAAGGGCAUACAAUAUUCAUCAGCACGUGAACGAGAUCUGAAACGUGUUUGUUCUUCGUUCGACUCGAUCGAUCGAGGAUUAUAAUUAAAACAUAGAGUUUAGGCUAUCUCACACGUAGAUCGUAUUCUCAUGACGAGUUAAGGCAGAGUUAUUAUCGUUGCCUCCUUUCUCUCUCGUAUUUCUUUAUGCCUCUUGCUUGUUUAUUAAUUCCCGAUAAAUUCGACUAACCAACGAACGACUACACACUCUGCCAGAUUAAUCGGUGAUAUCGUUCGUUCAUUUCGAGAAGACUGACCGCUUUCUGAUCAGCUCCGUCUGAAUGAUCUCUCGCGAUUGUGAUCACCUUAUUUCCUCUCUCCGCGAAGUCUCUGUUACUCGAAGUGUCGCUAAUAGUAACUACACGCUGGCGGUUCUGCGAGGAUCGCCGGAUACACCCGGACGAGUUUAGCCGUAUGAAAUAAACGACGAUAAUCCGCAAUUAUCAACGGGAAGAGGUGAAACAAGACCAUAUGUGAAUCUUUUUCGUGAGAAUGCAAUUACGAUCGCUGCAAAUCCGUUUCCAUUAUGCGAACUAUUUAUUUAGUUUGGAUGCCGCAUAGUAAGUAGAAAACAUAAUAAACAGUAAUAUCCUGCAAGUAGUUCGUAUCAUCCAUGCGACAACAUCGAGUUGUAUCUAUACACAUGUAUCGUAAAACAGAUAUACACACGCCAUCGAGCGAUGGAAUUUUUUUUAUAUGUUUCUUUUGUCGUAAAACAGAUAACCGUGCUGCCUAACACGCGUGCACAGUAGAUAGGCAUUUUUGUCGUACGCGCGAGUUCAAUAGAUCAUCGAUUGAUCGAUCGUGGAAAUACUGUCUUCGAUCGAUUGUGCUGGAAUAUUAGCUCGUGUUCGAAUCAAAUAUAGGAUCAGUCAUUCAACAGGGUAGAAAUUACGAACGUACAUUUUUAUAAUCGUUCUCUGUAAUAUCGUUGACACGGAUAAAUUAAUAAAGCCAAAAAGAAACGGUUCGAUACAUUCGUCUCAUUCUGUCUACGUUUGCCCAAGUCGAUCUCGCAGUGAGGAUUUUCAAUUACAGUGACAACAACUUUAUGGCGAUCUGUUAGAUAGACGAAGAAGAAAAAUUAUUCGCCAAGUAUGUAUAUAUAUGUGUGUGUGUGUGUGUGUGUGCGUGGAUUUGAUCUUGAUACAACUACGUAUAUGGAUUCUUAGUUAAAGAAUUUUAACGUAAGUGAAAUUCUUAGUUAAAGAAAGGAAGAGAACGAGAGUGACAGUAUCGAAGAUGAAUUUUUCCACGUUAAUUUCACGAUUUCAGGAAUGUUACGUGCCAUUGCAGCUUUGUGGAUCUCCAUGAAGUGAAUUUUGACGCGGCAAAUGUGAAUUGUCCAGGAAUGAACACAAAGGGAUUUCGAUAACAAAUUACAUCGUUUUUACUACCAUAAUUGAGAAUUAUCGCUAAUUGCUAAGUAUAGUCGUUCGUUAAUUUGCAUAUUUACAUAUGUUUUUAUGAGAAGGAACAUUGCCGAGGCAGGAAACCGCUCGUUGUUUCUGUUUACUCAGUUUUAUCGACCUCGAGCAAUUUAAUUAGAUAAGUAAUAUUUCGCAAUUUGUAAAAGAUUGAAAAUGAACGACGAAGAUUAGAAAUUGAAAUUCAUUGUCGCGUUUGAAGAGUGCCAAUUUAUCUUUUUUCGUUUGUUAUUUCGAACCGUUGUUUAUUACUUUGGAGCUCAAGUUCGUUUGGUCAAAUUUUCCUUUCCAAUUUAUCGUUCUAUCAAAGUGUUAAAUAGUUCGAAUCUUACAUAAGUAAGUUUUUUUGCAUUCGUUCUAAAAUUAUUAACCGCUCCACGGGCAACAAACCAGACUCAGAUUCUCCAACAUAGAUACACAACACAGUCAUGAAAUAUAUUAUCGAGAAAUAACAUCGUCCGACAGGCGAUACCUUCAAGUCCAAUUUAUUGAUCGCUCACGUUGGCUUCGUUACACUUUGAAAAAUCGAUAUAAGAAAUAUAUAAUUAUACUUAUAUCACCGUACAGAUAGGUAUAUGUAUGUGUAUAUAUAUAUAUAUAUUUAUUUUUUUUUCUUUCUCGCUUAUUUUCCCAAUAUCGAUACCUAUAAUAAGAUAAGAGGAAA